GGAUUAGCAAAUACGUUAAUGCUAAUAUUAUUAAAGAAAAUUUUUUGGAAUUGACAAGUGACUAUGAUAAAUGUAUGGAAGAUUUACAUUUUACGUUCGUAAUUGCUCAAGAUGAACAAAAAAGAUAUGAUCAGGAAAGUUUGGAAUCAGAUUUGGCAGAAAUGAGCGAGGAACCAACCGAUACUGAUACCCAGAUUUCAGCACCAAGACUAGACCCAACAUUAUUGAAAGAUAUUGAACCCGAAAUACCCCAAUAA